AUGCUCCUCGCUCUGCUCGUCCAGUUGGUCCUACUAUGUCUUGGUGGAAAUAUGCCCUUCGCAUAUCAGAGUGCCGGCCCAGUUGCCGCCGUGACGGAGCAGGGAAAAGCUCAGGUCGGACAGUCUGCGGGGUCGUUACGAGCAGCCAAGGCGCAUACAUUACCAGGCGAGGACCCUGCAGAUCUCGAGUCCCUCACAGAGAUGCGCGGACCUGGGUUUUGCGAGACAGAACCCGUCGUUCUCAAUAGCACCUCGUCCCACUUAAAUGUCGCCGGUCCGGUUCCAGGUCACAUAUUCUUGUUUAAUGUUGUUUACCUCGUCUAUGUCUUCUGCUUCGUCCUCCGUAUGUGCUUCCUCACCCCGAACCUGGCCUCGGCGGUGACGAUCCGCUUCUUCCUGUGCGUCUCUGUUGCAUUCCUUUUCCGAGGAUUGUCGUGUCUGGUCUGUUCGGUUGCGGGACCCUCCAUGGGCAGCAACAGGCCGGGGCUUCUUGGAGGGCAUGCCGUCCACGUCGUUCUCGAGGCGGCGGGGCUGUGGACUUUCGGAGACGACGAUGGCGUUUCUCCAGUGUCUUCCCAGAGGCUGAUUCUCUGGAUUCUCGUCUCCUUCUGGGGAUACUACACGAGCAAGCAUGUCUUCCUUGCAUACGCCGUUGUCCCGAUUGUGGCGGCCGUUGUCUGCCUGGUUUCCAGCCCGUCCACGAAUCAGUUCGCCGGCCACGCAGCAGCGACGCUCUUCAUUUCGUGUGUGUGUAUCAUUUACCAUCUCCUCGUAGACAUCGCGGCACAACGCUACCUGCGGACGCAGUCGUUUGGCCCUUCUGCCGGUUCGAUUGCAGCGUUUUGUGAGCGGUAUGUGGUGGGAGAUGCUCUAAUACAAGUCCUCGCUUUGCUUGAGGCGCUACAUUUGCGACUGGAGGGAGCGCUGUGUGUCUCAUCCCCUUCCGUCGUCGCUCAUAUAAAGCUUCCGGAACAGGCGGCCGACGAGGACCCCGUUUCUGCUCAGCAGCUGGCCUCGCACAGUCUCACUUACGAGGACUUGGCCAGCCGUGUUGUCCUGGCGUACGCAGGAAGCGGGGAUUUCGACGCGACAAACUGCCGUCAAUUUUUCCAAGGGGUGGUCAAGAAGGUGAGGGCAUUCAGGAAGCUGGUGAGAUGCCGUGAAGCUGGUGAUGAAGCGCCCGCAGCGACAGAGUGCGAAAUGGAAGUCUUCGCAGCCCCACAGGCACGCCGUGCGAAUGUCAGUGCCUCUCCUGAGUUCGGCGCAUGA